AUGGAAAGUGUGAUCCCCACAGCCCCUGAGCAACCUGCAGAUGAGAAGGACAAUCAGAUAAAGUCUCCUGAUCAAAGGCCUGAUGCACCUCCUGACUAUAAUUCCCAUUUUGUACCAGGACCCCCUGGACCGGCUGUCCCUGCACCUGCAGGCUACGCAGGAGGCUUUCCUAUGGGAUACAACAGCCCACAGCAGCCCGGUACCUUCUUCCCGUACCAGCCAGCUGGUGGUGCCCAUCCUAUCCAGUACCAGCCUGGCAAAUACCAUAUGUCAAAUCAGCCUGUUUCAGUAACAUGGAUGCCAGGGCCUCCUCCUAUACCAAACUGUCCUCCUGGUCUGGAAUACUUAACCCAGCUGGACACCAUUCACGUCCUUCAGCAUUUUGAGCCUCUGGAAAUGAUCACAUCUUUUGAAACUAAUAAUGGAUAUGAUAUUAAAAACAACCUGGACCAGAUGGUUUACAUCGUAAAUGAAGACACAGACGACUUUACCAGAAAUGCUUAUCGGACACUAAGGCCCUUCGUCCUCCGGGUCACUGACUGUAUGGGCCGAGAAAUCAUGACCAUGCAGAGGCCUUUCAGAUGCACCUGCUGUUGCUUCUGUUGUCCCUCCACCAGGCAAGAGCUGGAGGUGCAGUGUCCUCCUGGUGUCACCAUUGGCUUUGUUGCAGAACACUGGAACCUGUGCAGGGCAGUUUACAGCGUCCAGAAUGAGAAGAAAGAAAAUGUGAUGCGAGUACGUGGGCCAUGUUCAACCUAUGGCUGUGGUUCAGAUUCUGUUUUCGAGGUCAAAUCCCUUGAUGGUGUAUCCAACAUCGGCAGUAUUAUUAGGAAGUGGAACGGUCUGUUAUCAGCAAUGGGCGAUGCUGACCAGUUUGAAAUUCACUUCCCGUUAGAUAUGGAUGUGAAGAUGAAAGCCAUGAUUUUUGGAGCCUGCUUCCUCAUUGACUUCAUGUAUUUUGAAAGAUCACCACGACGUUCAUCAAGAUAG